AUGGAGCCUAAAGCACCUCCCCACUAUCCUUGCAAUCCCAAUUUCCCAUUCCUCAACACGCUUCUUCUCCCCCACCUUCAUUGGGCCAACGCGGUCCCCGACGCCCAUGCAUCCGCCAACCUGACCAUCAACGGCACGGCCUUUCACCUUCCCGCAGGCAGUACAGGGUACCAUGAUAAGAACUGGGGCGAUGCCUCGGUCAUUACGAGCCCGAAAUACUGGGACUGGGGUCACGCAACUCUGGGACCUUUGUCCCUGCAUGCGUACGCCUACCUGGCCAAGGACGGACAGAUUCUUCUCACCAGCUGCGCGGAAUCGGCUGUCGAGGUGCGUCAAGUCGGAGCGAAUGCGACAUAUCCACCCACCACGGGGAUUGCGGCAGCGGAUGGUCUAACGGUGCGGUACAACCUGGGAGGUAGAGCGGUGUUUGUCGCUAAUCUCACGAAGGAGGUGGUGGUGGUGCAUGAUAUGGGAGUGUAUGCACGGGCGCUGGGGAGGGUGGUUGGAGAGAUCGAGGGAAUUGAGGGCGAGGUUUAUGAGGGAAGAGGAGCGUAUGAGGAGUUUGUCUAUGGAAUUCUGUAUGGCAGCGCUUGA